CGCCCGGACCGGCGCACGUCGCGCGAAGCUGGCGCGGGGGAGGAGGAGCGCGGAGCCCGCGCCGCGCGGCCCCGGCGGAAAGUUUUCGCCGACGGAGUUUUGUAGACGGCUGCAGUCAUGGACGCGCUCAAGUCGGCCGGGCGGGCGCUGAUCCGGAGCCCCAGCCUCGCCAAGCCGAGUUGGGGGGGCGGCGGCCGGCACCGGAAGCUGCCUGAGAACUGGACAGAUACCCGAGAGACUCUGCUCGAGGGGAUGCUCUUCAACCUCAAGUACCUGGGCAUGACACUGGUGGAGCAGCCCAAGGGUGAGGAGCUGUCGGCUGCUGCGGUCAAGAGGAUUGUGGCUACAGCCAAGGCCAGUGGGAAGAAGCUGCAGAAGGUGACUCUCAAGGUGUCGCCUCGGGGGAUUAUCCUGACUGACCACAUCACCAACCAGCUUAUCGAGAAUGUGUCCAUUUACAGGAUCUCCUACUGCACAGCGGACAAGAUGCAUGACAAAGUGUUUGCGUACAUUGCCCAGAGCCAGCACAACGAGAACCUUGAGUGCCAUGCCUUCCUCUGCACCAAGCGGAAGAUGGCCCAGGCUGUCACCCUCACAGUAGCCCAGGCCUUCAAAGUCGCCUUUGAGUUUUGGCAAGUGUCCAAGGAAGAGAAGGAGAAGAAGGAGAAAGCCAGCCAAGAGGGAGGAGACCUUCUGAGUGGGGGCUGCUGUGACAAUACCCCCUCCCUGAAGAGCUUGGUCGCCACCGGGAACCUGCUGGACUUGGAAGAGACAGCCAAGGCCCCACUGUCCACUGUCAGUGCUAACACUACCAAGGUGGAUGAGGCACCUCGGCCUCAAAUCCUGAAUAGCAGUGUUGUUUGGGAACUAGAUGACGGCCUGGAUGAAGCAUUUUCAAGGCUGGCCCAGUCUCGGACAAAUCCUCAGGUUCUGGAUACUGGACUGACAGCACAGGAUAUCCAUUAUGCCCAGUGCCUCUCACCUGUUGAUUGGGACAAGCAUGACAGCAGUGGCCCCGAGCAGGAUGACAUCUUCAACUUCUGAAGAACCAGGGCUGGUGGACCAUGUGAAGGACAAAACCCACCUGUGGUGGGGGACCCCAGCACCAAGGACCCUGUCGCCCUUCCUCCAGUCUGUAGCACUGUCAGCCUGUGGAUCAUAGCUGCAGCUAGUAAGCACAGGAGAGAAAUGUUUAACCUGCUCUUUCUCUGAGAACUGAAACAUCCCUUGAAUAUUUAUUCAGUGACUCCUGGUUCAACACAGAAGUCUGCUCUGCGUUGGGCACAACUCCCACUGCCUAAGCUGUGCAGUGCUACAACCAGCUUCCUGCCCUUGCUUCUUGAGCAGCCUCUGUCUGCUGCAGGCGUCCAGAUGGUGACCAAAGCAGUUCUUGUCCCUUUUCUCUAAGGACUCAGCUUUCCCUGGGGUUGUCUCUGCUCCUGAGAGUGGUCAGAAGAUUCCUUUCUAUCAUCUUUUGAGCACAGGAGGGCACUGUGUCCUCAAGCUUGACUUCUGCAUGGGGCCCCAGUGGGCCUGGGCAUGAGCACUUGUACCUGGAGCCCUUGGAGGCAGGGGCAGCCUGUCUGACCAAAGACAGCCCAGAGCUGGCACUUUAGAGCACACGUAGCAGUGUGACCCCCUAGGGUUUCCCCCGUGGUGCUAAACUGCACAGAACUUUCUCUAAGCUUCCCUUCUUCUACAAGGAGGGGCCCAGCAAGCCUGUGAGUGGUGGUCCAUGUCAGUGCUUGGCAUCAGUGUGACUGGCUGCCCAGGGACUCCCAGAGUGGGGAGUCCUUUCUACACGGAUUGUUUCUGUGUAGCUGCCCUUGUUGGGGCCCCCUCAUACAUCCAAGGUUGUGCCCUCUCUUCUGUAUUGUCUGUGUGUCUGUACAUGAGUGUCACUGAGCCUCCCACUCUUCUCUAGCUUCCUGGGGUGAAGUGUGAGACCUGACACCUCGGUUGAAGAGUCCUUUCUUGUCACGUCACAUAUGAGGACACUGAGGCUAUGAGAGUGGGAGGGCUGGAGUCGAAAGUAGAACCCAAAUUUGAUGCCAAAGCUGCUUUCUUGCCCGCUCUUCUCACAACUCACACCUCUUCCUCUACACCCCCCACCCCUUCCCUAGCUCUGUUGUCCUCCCAGGAACCAAAAAGCCCCAGCUAUUUUCUGACCAAAAUGUGUUUCAUAACAAACCAUCUGGUGCCUUUCCAAACAGAUCUGGCAGGAGCCUCUGUGCCCUGCUAGCUGUCUUGCUGUUGAUUUCCAUGAAAAUGGAAGUGUAUUUGAAGUCUGCUAAUUGUAGGAGUGUGUGUGUGAAACAAAACCAAACUCUGUGAGCUUCAUGCAGUUCUUUCCUAACAGCCCGACCCCAGGUCCCCAAGUUGAGACAUGCCAGCAGCACGUUGUGUUCAGUGUCCCUUUUCUCUUCCCCUGUCACCCCUGUGGCUCCCAGCAUCCCGAAGUCCAGCAAAGCUGAUGGCACCUUCCUCACCUUGAGGUGCCCCCAGGACUGGCGGUGUGGAGCCCACAUCUCCCAUGACAGCGGGAACAGGUUUCACCAGCCCAAGAAUAUAUACCAUCUCUUAGAAGUACGUAUCUGAGCACUUGAACCCAAAUAUAUUAGAUGUGUUUUGGGUGAUGAGUAGGGUGGGGUGGGAUUCAUAGGGCCUCUGUGAGAAUUGGCCAUUUACUCCCUAUCCCUGUACAGAUUCUCCAGCCCCCCACCCCCUCCCAUGCUAGACUUCCUUGGUGUUCACCCCUUUAUUUGUCAUGAGGGAGGCAGGAAGGGCUGGCCCCGGCACCAGCCAUCCUUGACACAAGAGUCCAGGAGCCUGAGAAAGGCCACACUGUGUUUGUGGGAGUCGGACUGUGGCCUUUGUCCUGUCUCUGACCAACACUCAAUGUGUUCCCCCUUGUAUCUGCCAUUAAGUCUUGUGCUUUAAUUUGUGUUGCUAUAAAGGAAUUUCUAAUGAGGAGGAGGGAAAAGUAAGUAAUAAACAUUCUCUUUUUGAAAUACAAA